GAAGAUCGGAAUUGCUCAAAUUUAGAAAAUAUCAAAACUUUUUAUUAAAACAAAACGCAGAGUAGAACUUUAAUUAAGUUUUCGAUCCCCAAAGUGAUACAAAGUGAGAUUAAUUGAAUCGGUGGAUAUUCGAUUGAGUUCCUAGAGUGUUUAUGAUUGACUGAACCUCAGCUGGUAUUGCGAUAGUAACAUUAAUGUUUGCGUACAAACGUACAAGUGAUACACUAUGAUACACUCAAUCAAUCCACAGGGCAUUACAAUGCAGAAUAACGAACAUGAUGAAGAUGUUGUUAUAUGGACAAAAUCACUACAUCAAUCAAUAAAUAGUCUAAAUAUUCGUCAGUUGGAAGAUAUCUUAGUCAAAUUAAAGACAACAAAGGGGUUGGAAUUUACAAAAAAUGUUAUAAAUCAUUUGAUUGAUGGAGAAAAUUCAGUUUAUGUUGCUGUAGAAGCUGGAUUCGAUCAAGCGGUUAUACAACUCUUGAAUACAGAUAUGGUGAAUAUUAUCCAAAGAAAUCUUCAGAAUAACUGGACAAGUCUUCAUUUGGCUUGUCAUUUGGGACUGGCGACAAUAGUCAAAUCACUUUUAAAUUGUAACACAUCCAAUAAAUUCAUAAGAACAAAUGAACUAUAUCAGUUAAUAUGUAUGCAAACAACUGAAAUUGAAUCAGCCAGUCAGGGCACAGCUUUACAUUUGGCGGUUUAUUCCAAAAAUAUAGAAACAGUAAACCAACUAUUACAUGAUGUUGUUCUGAUAAGUAAAUGUUAUGAAAAUCAGUGUAUUAAAAAUAGGAAGCAACCGAAAGAAGAAUUGAAUUCUAAGGGAAAGUUAUUUGACGAAUUCUGUGUACUGACAGAUAAAAAUGGAAAUACGGCACUACAUUGUGCAGUAAUGGAUAAACUUUACGAUAUUGUGAAUACAAUUUGUAAAUAUCAUAAUAAAUCAAUUCGUUUACCAAAUAAACAUGGUUAUACAUGUAUUUAUUUAGCUAAAAAUAUAUUAAAAGAUAUGAAAAUGUUAUCCUUAUUAAUUCAAUAUUCAAAUUCAUUCAUAACUUCAUAUAAUUCUGGACAAUAUUUAUUUAAACAAAAUAAUUUUAUAAAAAAUACAAAAAUUUCAAAUUUGAAUCAGUUAAAUAUGAAGAAAUCAUAUUCUAAUUUGAUUAAAAAAUCAGAAAAUAAUAAUAAUAAUAAUAAAAAGAAGAAAUUGAAGAAAUUUAAUAAACCAUUGAAUCAUUUAACAAUUGAUCAAUUAAACAAGAAUUUAAAUUUGAAUUAUGGGUUUACUAAUAAUAAGAAAUAUUAUUCUUAUUCAUAUAAUGAUGAAGAUUAUCAUUCUGUUCGUACAUUAUCUACAAAAUUUUCAUAUAUAUCAAUGAAACAGAAUAAUAAAAAUUAUUAUAAUAGACCUUUUAGUGGAUUAUCUGGUAAUCGUGUAGAUUUGAAUGAACGUGAAUUAAAUAGAAAUUCUCGUUUAAAUAUUGAACAAAACUAUAUUGAGGAUAUUUAUGAUGUACAAAAUAAAAAUAAUUCAAUGCAAUAUAACGGUUCAAAUGAACCAUGUAUUGCUGCUUGUAAAAAUAAUACUGCUUUCGCUACUACACUACAAGAUAACCCGAUAUUACAGCCUGAAAAUAUUGAUCAACUGGCUCAUCAGCAGAAAAAAGAGUCUGAGGACAAAAAUAUUUGUCAACUAAUUACUAAUAACAUUAGUAAUAUUACCAAUAAAAUGGAAAUGGAUGCACUUACUACUGCUACAACAACAACAACAACAACAACAACAACGACUACUACUACUACUACUACUACUACUACUACUAAUAAUAAUAAUAAUAAUAAUAAUAAUAAUAAUAAUAAUAAUGAAGAUGAUUCUGACGAUUAUUACAAGAUGAACAGUACAAGAAGAGGUAUUUGUUUAAUCAUUAAUAACAUGAUGUUUUGGCACUCGGAUUUUCAGAAUCGUUCUGGCUGUGACAUUGAUGAGAAGAGUUUGGAAAAUGUUUUCGGAUCAUUUAACUUUUUGGUGAAAUUACUUCGUAAUCUAUCAGCUGGUGAAAUACAAGCUCAACUGGAACACUUAGGAAAGAAAACAGAUCAUCACGAAUAUGAUUGUUUAGUAAUAUGCCUUAUGUCACAUGGAACUAUUGGUCGGAUAUAUGGAGUUGAUGGAAAUUCUUUAUCAAUACAUGAAUUAACUUCCAUAUUUACAGCUGAUAAUUGCCCUUCUCUAGCUGGUAAACCAAAAUUAUUCUUUAUUCAAGCAUGUCGUGGUGAAGACUAUCAAAAAGGCUAUGUUAUACAGAAACAAUCAAAUGAAACUACUCAAACUAAAAAUGAUCUAACUGAUCAAGAGGAUGUUGAUAAUUUUAUUCAACAUCAGUCAUCCAGUUUAAAUCUAAGACUAUCCGUUUCUGAUGCGAAAUUUAUCGGUUUCAAAUUAGACAAUUUACUCCAUAAUUCUAUACCACUUCAACUGAAUAAUGUACAGUUAAUUCCCACUUAUGCUGACUUUCUACUAAGUUAUGCUACUGUUGCUGGUUUCCGUGCACAAAGAGAUCCAACCGGUGGUACUGUUUAUAUUCAGGCAUUAUGUAAACGAUUAUAUAAAGGAUUACAAAAUGAAAGUAUUCUUGAUAUAGUUACAGCUGUACAUCGUGAAGUUAGUAAACAGUUAUAUCAAGAGACAUCUUGUCAGUUAAUGAAAACAAAUGGUGAAUUAUUUCUUCAAAUUCCUGAAGUUAGACAUACACUAACAAAGAAAGUUUGUUUUAAACGAUAA